AUGAUGCUGUCUGGACCGUGUGCCCAUGCGGUGGAGGUGAGAGCAGGACAGAGGGUGCCCUGCGUCCUGAGCCUCUCCCAGCGCCGUGGGCAGUGCGAGUUGGUUAUCCAUUCGCGGGAGAAGGACACACCUGAUCAGGAUAACAUUCCCAUCAACAGCCGCUUUAGAUGUGUUCAAGAGGCUGAAGAAACUCUGUUGAUCGAUAUAGCUACAAACACUGGCUGCAAGAUCAGAAUACAGGGCGACAGCACACCAGAGCGCCUCUUUGAGAUCCCUGAUGAGGAGCGCUGCUUGACCUUCCUCUCCCAAGUGCUGAGCGCACAAGAAGCCCAGUCGAAAGCGCCUCUCCCUGAGCACAGGGAGCCAGCCAGCUGGUAUCAGGUGGAGAAAACCCUUCCAGCUCCUCCUCAGCCGUCUGCCUCAGGGGUUCUAGGCUUUGAGGAUAACUUCAAUGCCAUAAGUUUGGAGAAGAAAAGAAAUUUACAAAACCAGCAAAUGGGAUCUCGCCGGGAGCCCCCGCCUCCUCCCCUGCCGCAAACCAGGCAGGUCCAUCGGGAGAGGGAAAGUGUGGCCAGAGACCAGCCAAAAGUAACCAACACCAUGCGCAAGCUGUUUGUGCCCAGCCCGCAGUCUGGGCAAAGAGAGGGGCUCAUCAAGCACUUGCUUGCCAAGAGAGAGACCGAAUACGUCAACAUCCAGAGCUUCAGGUUUUUUGUGGGCACGUGGAACGUGAACGGCCAGUCUCCAGACAGCGGAUUGGAACCCUGGCUAGUCUGUGACCCAGACCCCCCAGACUUCUACUGUGUUGGGUUCCAGGAGUUGGACCUCAGCACCGAGGCGUUUUUCUACUUUGAUUCUGGGAAGGAGCAGGAGUGGCUGACUGCCGUGGAGAAAUCCUUGCACCCCAAAGCCAAGUACAAGAAGGUGCAGGUGGUCCGUCUGGUCGGGAUGAUGCUGGUUGUGUUUGCCAGGAAGGAUCAACUGAGUUAUAUCAGCGAGGUCAUGGUAGAGACUGUGGGGACAGGAAUCAUGGGCAAAAUGGGUAACAAGGGUGGUGUGGCCGUAAGGUUUGAGUUCCACAACACCACCUUCUGCAUCGUCAAUUCCCACCUGGCAGCUCAUGUAGAGGAGUUUGAGCGGCGGAACCAGGAUUACAAGGACAUCUGUGCCCGGUUAAGCUUCCUGCCCCCUGACCAGGGCCUGCCUCAGCUGAACAUCAUGAAACACGAUGUUGUCAUCUGGCUGGGAGACCUGAACUACAGGCUGUGCCUCCCUGAUGCCAGUGAGGUGAAAACACUAAUCACUAAGAAUGAGCUGCAGAAGCUGUUGACAUAUGACCAGCUGAAUAUUCAGCGGACUCAGAAGAAAGUUUUUGCUGAUUUCACAGAGGGAGAAAUAAAAUUCAUCCCCACAUACAAAUUUGACUCUAAAACAGACCGCUGGGAUUCCAGUGGGAAGUGUCGCGUGCCAGCCUGGUGCGAUCGGAUCCUCUGGCGAGGGGGGGACGUUAAUCAGCUCCGGUACCGCAGCCACAUGGACCUGAGAACCAGCGACCACAAGCCAGUCAGCUCGCUCUUCCUUAUCGGGGUGAAGGUUGUGGAUGAGCAGAGGUACCGGAAGGUGUUUGAGGAUAUAGUUCGUAUGAUGGACAGAAUGGAGAACGACUUCCUUCCCUCACUGGAGCUCAGCCGGAGAGAGUUUGUGUUUGAGAGGGUGAAGUUCCGGCAGCUCCGGAAGGAGAAGUUCCAGAUCACCAACAACGGGCAGGUCACCUGUCACUUCUCCUUCAUCCCGAAGCUCAACGACAGCCAGUACUGUAAGCCCUGGCUCCGGGCCGAGCCCUACGAGGGGUACCUGGAGCCAAACGAGACCGUGGACAUCUCCCUGGACGUGUACGUCAGUAAGGACUCGGUCACCCUCCUGAACUCGGGGGAGGACCGAAUCGAGGAGAUCCUCGUCCUCCACCUGGACCGGGGCAAGGAUUACUUCCUCACUGUCAGCGGGAGCUACCUGCCCAGCUGCUUCGGCACCUCCCUGGAGGCUCUGUGCCGAAUGAGACGGCCAAUCCGCGAAGUUCCUGUCACCAAACUGGUUGAUCUGGGAGAGGACAGCUUCCUAGAGAAGGUAAUGCAAGAAGCCAGUGCUGCGGGGCUGUUGUUAGGACUCACCGUAGAAACCAGACCUUUUCCCAUUGGCUGCUGGCGGGGCAGCCCCUGUGCUCCCAGGGAGAGGACAGCUUCCUAG